AUGACUUCGACUCAGCUCAAAUCUGAGGAGCAAGAGCGCCCAAGCAGUGCAGGGAAUGACAUCGAGGCUCAACACGUCAUUGGUCUUAGACUGGCGCUGGUUGUGAUUUCGGUUACGGUCAUCGCAUUUUUAAUGCUACUGGAUAUGUCCAUUAUUGUCACGGCGAUUCCUCAGAUCACCAACGACUUUCACUCCCUCAGAGAUGUGGGAUGGUAUGGCAGCGCGUAUCUUCUCUCCAAGUAUUUGUGCGCUUCAGCCUUUGUCGGGAAAGUUGUAUACGCUUUUAUACUUAAAUACACAUUCUUAGCCUUCCUUUGCGUAUUCGAACUUGGUUCCAUUCUGUGUGGCGUCGCGAGUACCUCGACUAUGUUAAUAGUCGGGCGAGCGGUUGCUGGCAUGGGAGGAUCAGGUCUCACCAACGGCGCCAUCACCAUCCUUUCGGCGGCGGCUCCGAAACACAAGCAACCUCUUUUAAUUGGAGUAAUGAUGGGCUUCAGUCAAAUCGCAAUCGUCUGUGGCCCGUUGUUAGGAGGCGUCCUUACCCAACACGCAAGUUGGCGAUGGUGUUUUUAUAUCAACCUCCCCUUGGGCGCAGUCGCAGCCUUACUUCUUCUCUUUAUCAAGAUUUCCGAUCGACUUUCUCUACCAGGGCAACUGCAUCCGGUACAUCGACCUAAUACUGCUCGAGAUAUCUUUUACAAACUCGACCUUGUAGGAUUUGCAAUCUUUGCCUCAUUUGCUCGCCACGUUGGCGACGAUGUUGCCAUGAUUCCCUCCGCAAUAGUCAGUAAACGAGAGGUCUGGUGCUCGUGUCUUUCUCUUGGUUUCUUCUCUGGGUCGUUGCUCACCUUCUCCUACUAUCUUCCCAUCUACUUCCAAGCUGUUAAGAGUGUAUCCCCUACACUCUCUGGAGUGUAUAUGUUGCCAGGGAUCUUGGGACAAAUCUUGAUGGCGGUGACCUCGGGCGCAACUAUUGGAAAGAAGGGAUAUUACAUUCCAUGGGCAAUAGCCAGCGGUAUCAUAGUGUCUGUAUCUGCAGGUCUAAUGUCUACAUUUCAACCUUCGACAUCGACUGUGAAGUGGGUCAUAUAUCAAUUCAUUGGGGGAUUUGGUCGUGGCUGCGGAAUGCAAACGCCUAUCAUCGCAAUCCAAAAUACCCUUUCUCCGCAGCAGGGUGCUCUUGGAAUCUCCCUUGCAAUAUUUGGACAAACAUUUGGUGGUUCGCUAUUCUUGACCUUUGCCAAGAUUAUAUUUAAUGACGGUCUAACAUCUGGCUUGCGCACCUACGCUCCUACAGUGGACGCGCAGGGGGUAACAGCUGCAGGUGCAACGGGAUUCAGACUAGUAGUGUCUCCGGAGAGCAUUCCUGGUGUUCGACAAGCCUACAGUCAAGGAGUUGAUCACACUUUCUAUUUGGCAGUGGGCGGGUCGGUGGCCAUGUUCGUGUUUGCCUUGGGGAUGGGCUGGCAGAAGGUCAACAAUGAUCCGAACGGUGAAGUUGUUUCAGUGGAGUAG